AGGACUUUACCACCUGUAUAAAAGGGGACCUCUUUCCACUUUGAUUAACGCUUUGACGUUGCUAUCGCGACCAACUCUGUUUUUUACAUCAAAUAUUAAAACUGUGUAAAAUAACAAUCAAAAAUUCAAAAACUCCAAUCAAAUAACAAUUAUUUAUUUAAUAAUUAUAUUGUGUUAAUUAUCAUUUUUAAAAUAUUUUAAUUUGUGUUUAUUGAAAUGAACAUAGAAAACAAUGAUAUUGAUGAUGAUGAUACUACUGGUUCCAAGUAUCAAUUGACAGACCAAAAAUCAUCAACUUCAAAAUUUUCGAAAAAUUUAAUCAUCUCAAAAAUGGCAUGUUGCAGAUGUCGUAAUGAUUCACUCACAAAAGUUGAACCAAAGUCAUUUGAUCCUGAAAUUUCUACGCUCGAUGAAAGCGAAAAUAUAUUUACUGAAAACAGAAAAUCCACAGAUAUUUUUGCUUUAAUUAUUAUCUUAAUAAUUAUUGGAGGUUUUGUAUUUAUAUUAAUAUCAAUUGGAUCGAAAGAAAAUUUUAAUCGUAAUGUUACUAAUGAAACUGAUCAAUGUCCAAAUAUUUGUGGAUGGAUUAAAAAUAAAAAAAUGGAUCCAAAAUAUAAAUGUGAUGGUGCUGAUACACGUCAUCUUCUUGAAAAUUUUUUAAAUCACUGUGUUCCAAAACAAGUGACUGAUCGUGCAAAUUAUAUUAUAAAAACUCUUGGUUUAGAAACAUUUUUUUAUGAAAUAUCAAGUGAUUUAAAAAUUGCAUGGAGAGAAUUGAUGUAUCUACUUUUAGUUAUUUUAGGUAUUUCACUUGGAAUGUUAAUUGCAUUUAGAUACAUUGUACAAUAUGUUACAUAUUUUGUUUUAAGUGGUACUGUUGCUGUAUCAAGUGGUGGCACAAUUUAUUUCUGGCUUGCAUGGCAUCAUGAAAAAACAGCAGUAAUGAUUGGUUCGAUAAAACAAAACAAUUCAAGUACAACAUCAUAUUUUAUUUAUGCAAUAUUAAUGUCAAUUGUUGCAAUAAUAAUGAUACUUGUUAUAUUUGUAUUGAGAAAAAGAAUUGCACUUGUUAUACAAUUAUUUCAUGAAGCUGGUAAAGCUGUUUAUUCAAUGCCUGCAUUGUUACUUCAACCUGUAUAUACUUAUAUUUUAAUUGGUGUAUCAUUUAUUGGUCUUUGGAUGACAAGUCUUUGGAUUGAAAAUACUGGUGAAUUACAUGCAAAUAAUUUAAAUCAACUUGAAUAUAAAAAAGAUACAUUACUCAUUAUAGCAAGAUGGUACAGCAUUUUUAUGUUUUUUAUUUUGGUGGAAUUUUAUCUUGGUUGUCAGCAUAUGAUUGUUGCUGGUGCUGUUGCACGUUGGUUUUUUACCAGAAAUAAAAAAAAACUAUCAUUGGUUGUUAGUAAAAGUACAUAUUACUUGUUUCGUUUUCAUCUUGGUACUGUUGCAUUUGGUACUCUUGUUUUAAGUAUUGUAAGAAUGUUACUUGCAAUUGUAACAUUUAUACAAAAUCGUUUAAAUGGAUAUGAUAAUAAAUUUAUCAAAGGAAUUAUUUGGUGUUGUCAAUGUUGGAUAUUUUUAUUUGAAUGUACACUUAAAUAUGUUACGAGAAAUGCUUAUAUUGAAACUGCAAUUUAUGGAUGUGAUUUUUGUACUGGAGGAAAAAAAGCAUUUAGAGCAAUAUCAGAUAAUAUUUUAAGAGAAGCUGUUAUAAAUAGUGUUGGUGAUUUUAUUUUAUUUUUAGGAAAAAUAUUUGUCGUUGCAGUGACAAUUGUCGUUGGUGUUUAUUUAAUUCAGAAAAAAAGUGGGCUUUAUCAUCCAUGGGUUACUAUUUUUAUAGCUGGAUUAUUUGCAUUUUUAAUUGCCCACUGUUUUAUUUCAAUUUACGAGAUGAUUAUUGAUACAAUUUUCAUAUGUUUUUGUGAAGAUUGUUCUACAAAUGAUGGAAUAAGUAGACCGUAUUACAUGAGUAGAGGAUUAAUGGAAUUUGUUGAGAACAGCAAUAAAGUACUUGGUCAUUUGAAUAAUCAAUCAUUAAGAUACUGAAAUAUCGAAAAAUACAGAAAAAUUAGU